AUGUCUGCCAACGAACGCGCUAUGAUCCAGAAACGAGAGCUUCCGCUCUUUAUCACUAAAGAACUCUGCGCAGGCCGAACUUAUAUCGUCACUGGUGCCAAUAUCGGCCUUGGGCUAGAAGCUGCUCGCCACUUAGUCGGCAUUGGGGCCGAAAAAGUCAUUAUGGCAGUGCGCAAUCUUGAUGCCGGCGAGGAGGCUAAAAAGGACAUUGAGGAGUCAACGGGAAUCAAGGGCGUUGCUGAGGUCUGGCAUCUAGACCUCACUAGUUUCGCAUCUGUCCGUGGAUUUGCUUCCAAGGGCAUUGAGACACUUGGGCGCAUCGAGGCUGUCAUUGAAAAUGCGGCUGUUGCCACCAACGCUGGGAGGGCGGAAGGCCACCACUUAACAUUGACAGUUAAUGUUAUCAGCACCCUUCUUCUGGCCAUUCUUCUGCUUCCUAAACUGCGCUCAGAUGCGUCCAAGUUUGGAUAUAAUCCACGCAUAAGCAUUGUCACUAGCGGUACUGCUCUUGAUUUAGGAGGAUAUUGGCCAACAAUUGCCGAGGAUUCGAUGGCGAACAUGGAUGCAGAUAAUGAUUUGGGAAUGAAGAGCUAUCCUGCAUCGAAAUUGAUGGAGAUCUUUGCAGUCCGUGAGAUUGCAAAGCUACUUCCGAUUGCUCGCGGCGGUGUAAUCAUUAACUCAAUCAACCCGGGCCUAUGUGUGACUAACCUCUCACGAAACGCACCACAGGAACUCAAGGAUCGCUUAAAGGACAUGUGGGAAAAGAGUGGUCGAACUGCUGAAUGCGGUAGUCGGACACUUCUAGCCGGAGCCGUUGGAGGCAAAGACAGCCACGGCUCCUAUAUGGAUGACUGCCAAGCCUGGGAUAGCAUUGUCAGAGAGCUUGAGAAAAUUGAGCCAGGCUCUGUUUCAAAGGCUCUCGAGUAAGAUUGCAAAAAGCCGAUAAGACAGAUACAUAGUCUUGUAUGGGUUUCAUAAGGCCGAUUGAAUACCUCCAUAGUGAGAGACUCUGUAGUAUAAUGCCAAACUUUCCUUUUCAUAAAAAUCGUUGAUCCAAGGGAAUUUUGAUAGAGCUCCCAUCAUGCCUCCCCAAGUGUCUAGUUGCAGCAUCUGCAUUAUUUCCCAAGUCUUGGGGAUGAGCCAGGUGUCAUGGCUGGGAUCUUGUAAAAUAACAGCAG